AAGCUGCUUAGCUCCUCAGUUGCCAUGGUAACCAGGGAGUGCAGCCAGAGGGUGGGAAAAAAAAGAAGGCGAAGGGGAGGGGCUUUGUGGAGAGAAAUAGAGGAGAAAAGGCUGUGUGGGAGAGACAGACAGAGGGAGGAAUACAGACUAAUAAAGGAACCACUGAGUGCAGCAGAGGUAGAUCACGGCUGCAAAUGGAGGUAAAGCUCUGCGUGUGAACGCGCCAUCUAUUUGCUUUGGAAUAAUAACAACAGGCAGAAGGAUACUCAGAGCGCGGGGAGAGAAGAUGGAUGUACAAACAGAGAGCACGGACCCCCCGCCUAAUGAACCCCAGUCGAGUGGAAAAAUAAGAAAAGGAUUCAAGCUGUUUGGCAAACGCAAGCCAGGUAACAUUUUUUCUAUCCGAAGCAAAGGGGAUGGCAACAACAAGUCACCUGUUCUCAGGAGCCAGACCUCGGAUGGAUUUUCAGAGACUCCUGCACCUGAUUCCGAACAGGAACCAGACAAGGAAAAACGACAGGACGUGAGUCAAGGAGAGACGGAGCAGACAGAGGACGAAACACUUCGAGAGGAUGCCAUUCUAGCUGCCGCCCCGGCUCGCGCCUCCAUCUCCUCCGUCAGCUCAGCCAGGUCUCUCAGCUUUCUUUCUCUGUUGAGAGGAAGCAGAAGGGGAGUGGGGGACAGACGAGUCCAAACAGUGUCCCAGCCAGUGGCUCGACAACGCCGUGGACUGAAAGGCCUUUUUGGCAACGUCAAGUCUCGUUUGAAGGACAAAAAUGACAAACAGGAAGUUCCUCCAAGCCCAAUUCUUAGGUCAUCGCGUGCCAACAGUGUGGAAAUCAUCAAAGAAGACCUCACUUUGACACCAAAAUGCCAGCCUCGUUCUUUGGACAGUCCGGAGACAGACGUCUUCACCACACACGAUGGUUCAGCCAAGCCCUCAUCAGUGACCACAACUCCCAAGAUGAAAACGGCCAAUGUGAGUAAAACUAAUGAACACGUGUCACCUUUGCCCACCUCUGAGCCAACGCUGGUACCUGAUGAUAACAGUCUGACCUCCCUACUGGCAGACAUCUCCUCUCUCCUGACCUUUGACUCAAUCUCAGGAGGAGGAGACAUCAUAGCUGAUGUGGAAGCGGAGUGGGGAAAAGCCAGCAAAGCCAUAGAUGCUGCGGUAACUAAUGUGAAUCCAUCAUCAAUGUCUUUUAUCUCCAAGACAACCAUUUCCUCUCCACCAGCCUCCACCACAACACAACCUAUUUUCUCAUCUGCUAUGACAUCCCCAAGCACCACCCUCACAACUUCUACUGAAUCCUCAUUCAUUUCUGAAUCAGUGAAACUCAAAAUUGACUCCGCUCAUACUUCUACCAGCAAUAAAGCUGAACUGGCUCCUUCUGCCACUACAACCAAACCCUUAACCUCUCCUGUGAUGAUGACAAACUUCCCAGGAUUGUCUUCCUCUUCAAAAACAAGUCAGUCUACACCGAGCUCCACUUCUGCUCCGACUACAGCUUCUUCAAGCACACUGGUCAGUUCAGCUCCCACCUCAGCUGGCAAACGUUUUGCAGACAUCACGCCAUCUCCCCAAAGUAUUGCUUCUGCAAGCAAGACUGUCACUUUAACUACUUCUUCUCCUGGAUCCAUGACCCAUAACCCAGCUGUCGCUGUUACCCAACUUCCACCUGUGAAAUUGGAUUCAGUCAAUUGUUUGAACCUGCAAAAGACAAAUUCCUUUAAGCCCUCCCAAAGUGCUGCUGCAGAAGGGCCUAAAGCUCCAGAUACGAUUUCAACAACCUGCACAAUUACAGCCAAGCCUUCCACCUCUGCUUCGAUUGUUUCCUCCGAGAUUACAACAGUUCCCACGUCAUCUACAACUUCUGACUCAGUUUUUACAGCCCCUUCCAAGCCUUCCCUCAGCACUACCCUGUUGGACUCAAAUAAGACCUCUCCCACUGUUUCCGCUCCUCACCCUUCUUCAACUUUGACUACAGCAAAUAAAGCCCAGCCCAGUCCAGCAUCUGCCCCGGUGCAUUCUUCAGCUGUUGAUAAGACUCUUCCCACAAUUAAAGCCAGUACAUCACCAGCCUCUACUGAUAAAACUUCAUCUCCUCCCAGACUAAUUCCAGAAACGGCAACACAUGCUGCUUCUCCACAAUCACUGGCACCAACUGCUCUGAGUCAGAUCACAGCCUGUCACUCUCAAGCUUCUUCUGCUCAGAUCCCAACCUCUGUUUCUAAAGCUCAAGGUGAAGUUGCUCAAUCAAAACCAAUCCCCACCACGGCCCAAGUCUCAGAUUCUUUACCUAAAGAUUUACCUGCUUUUGUUAAAAUGCAGGCCGCUCCCUUAAAAGAGUCUUCGGUUCCCACUCGGACUUCCGUUUCAAAUGCAUGCAAAUAUUCAGCUGCUCCUGAAACAACGGCAACUUCUUCAUCUAAAGAUCCUGUUGCGCCUACUCAAUCAGCUGUUUUUAAAGUCCCUGCUGGACCUGCUUUGUCCUUCUCUAAAGAAUCUUCUGCCUCUGUUAGCAUCCCUGUUUCGCUCCCAAAAACUGCUUCAACUUCUGCUCAGAUCACAGUUUCUCAGCCUAGCGCUAAUCUUCCCCCAUGCCCUAUCACUUCUAUUUCUCCACCUGCGCCUGGGAUGAGUGAGAUGCCCCUCUCUGCUAAAAUGAGAGCCUCAACCGAUUAUCAGUUGACCAGUCCAGAUGUUGUAGAUGGUGACAGAAGCCAGGCUUCGCUGUCAAAAACAAGAGAACCACUUUAUGAGCCACGGACCGAACUGCAACAACCCCCCAAAGAAAAGAAACCAACAUCGGUCAAAGCCUCAGGGCUCAGCAAAAUACCUGUAGUUGGAGGAGGAAGAGUAGUUAAGAUACCUGUCCGGGAAAGCCAAUAUGUCAACGAUGAAUCAAGCAGAGACCCCCCUACGCCUAUAAUGGAAGAAAGACCCCAUUUCAACUCACAUGAAGCAAGUAAAGGCAGCACAGCCGAAGCUUCUACACCCACAUCAAAGAUCCCAGUGAAGCAUGGCGCACAGACAAAAGACGCUCCUCGCACCAAGAUCCCUGUGUCCAAAGUACCUGUUCGCAGGGCCGGAAAUAAACCUGCAGCUGCAGGUGGAGGCAGCCAGGUCAGAAAAUAAAGCAACUCAUUUAACAGAUCAAUGCUUUUACUGCAACUUUAGUCCAGCACAGGCCUUUUAAUGCUACAUUCUAUACAGCAAUCCUUUCAUCUUUCAGCCACACAGCGUCAUAAUAGGAGUGGGAGGAGGCUGAUGCAACUCAAGCACAAAACAUGUCAAUGAGAACAGGUGUGACAGCCUGACUCUGGUGCUGAACCCACUGGACAAGAACUCAGGAAAGAGGAUCACACCUGGACACUCCACGACCAAGGACAUACAAAGACAUCUGGGAACAUGGACGCAUACACACAGACAAGGCGAGUGCCUUUUUACGGGUGCUUUUCCUACAAACACUCCAAUUUCUGUAUACUGAAAAACUUUUCUUACUCCCUCUUUUUAUGGGUAACUUCCAGUCUUUUAGUCUUUCUUUUUUGUACAUCUUGAUAGUAGCCCCCCCACCACCACCUUUUUUUAAUUUAUGCCAAGAAUUAAAGAGAACAACCUCUUUCAAUUAAUGCAGCAACCAAAUCUACAUUCCACAUUUAUCUCUGGAUCUAUGUAGCAGAAAAUGUGCCAUUAACUUUUGCACUGGACACUGGACUGAGCAGCUCUUAUACGUUCGUGAAAGGAUCAGUACUGCUUGUGGAAUAUUAAAGAAACUUGAUUGCGGGUAAAAAGAAAAAAUCUUAGCCGGAAAUGGACUACAGCCAUUAUAUAUGGCACAGUGGACAUUUGAGCCUGACAAAAAGGACAGUAAAAAAGUACCUCCAGGUUGAACACUGGUGCAUUUAUAUCUUAAUCUUACUUGUAAUUAAAUGAGAACAUCUUUGUGUAGACUGUUUUGUUUCUUAUGUAAUCAAUAAAACAACGUUGAAAUGUCAGAGGGA